AUGGGAAACACAAAAUCUGAACUAGAUUUGUUAAAAGAAGAGAAUACCAGGCUUUUGGCUAGGAUCGCAGAAUUGGAACAGAUCGCGAAAGAAAAAAAUGAGCUUGAAGUUAGAAUUGUGGAAUUAGAACGAUCCGCAAAAGAAAACAUUGAGCUGAGAUCCAGAGUUAUGAAAUUGGAACAAAUGGUAUCACAAAAUGACUCACGGGAUGGGGAUACUAUCGUAUCUAAAGAAAAGAGUAACUUUAUUAUUUCUCGAAGUGAGGUUGUUCUCACAUCUAAAUCAGAUGAUACCGGAGAAACCAAACAGGUAAAUACAUUCGUCCCAAAAGAACAAUCUUCGGUUAAUAUCGAUACUUCCUGUGGAACGAAUUCUGAGGGUAACCCUAAACAAGACUCAGGACAUGAUAAUACUUCCACACCUGAUAUAUCUGUCAAUGGUUCAAAUUCUGAUGAACAUCAAGAAGAAACUUUGUCUCAAGUCUCCAAUUCAUCUUCGACAGAAUUAUCCAUAUGCGUAAAGCCUAAAUCAUUAGAAGAUAAGGAAAUGGAUAAUUUUCUGGUUGAAAGACAUAAUGAACAGGUUCGUAUCGAAAUAAUUGAAAGGAAUAGAGAGAAAAAGCUUCAACGUGAGUCACCUACUGAAAAUUCUCCAAAAGAGGACACUUACAUGUCUAAUAACAGAGUUAGUGCUAAAGCACAUAUUAAAUCUAGUAUAUCUCUCGAGCAGAAAAAAGAACAAGAAUUCGAUAACCAGGUUAAAAAUCUUAUGAAAUCUGAUCAUAUUGGCGAGAAAAAGGCGAAAGGACAAAUUUAUGAUUUUAUUAUUGCACAACUAAAUACCAAGCGUAAAACGUUACAAAAGCAAAACCAAAAGGCUAGAAAGGUUUAUAAUUUAUUCGAAAAAAUAGGGAUAGAUAAGAUUCAGCAUAUCAAAACCUUUAGUGCAGAUGCUAUUUCAAGAUUUACUAAUUCUCAGAUUCAAACGAUUAUUGAUCAUUUCGCUAAAAAGCCUGACAUAGAAUAUACCGAUGACCAGGACGAUUCAGAUGACUUACCCGAAACAGAG